CCAGUUGGACUCGCUCAGCAUGGCUUCAAACGGGAAUUCACCUUGAAUAAGAAGGGCUUUCUUUACAUCAGACCUCUAAUCCUCCUCAUAUUGUUUUGUAAUGAAGUGAGGACCAGCACAGAAGCUUAAACACCAUCAGCCAAAGCUAAAAAACAGAAAUCAUAUGGAUGAUCAAGGUGAAUCCUUCACCACGGAUGAGCCGAGUCCUUUGAGAGACGAUUUACUGACUGGUUAUGAAUCCAUUCAUGGAGCUCAGCCUGAGUAUGAGACUGUGAUGCCUGGGGUUGCUCCGCAGCCUGGACCUGCAGGAAAUCCCAACCAGGAGAUCCAGGUCGGCGCACCACCACCUCCACCAAGACAUCGGCUUCCCACUAUCCCCACUGAGGUGCGGCGUGAUCCGCCCCCUCUGCCGCCGCGCAAUCCGCCGCCUGUAGACCGCAGCAGAAAUCGGUUUUACAUUGAUAUUGACCAGCGUACUCAUAAACUGAUGCGAUCCAACACAGAAGUACACAAUUACGAUCCCUGGGCUAUCAGGCUGAUAGACUCUCCAGAAGGCAGCACAAAUAAUCUGGUUUCUUUCAGCAAAGCAACAUCACAGUUGAAGUCACGAUACAAGCACACCGACAGGAUUCACAACUCGGGUGUAGUAUGGGGCCGACUGUUAAAUAUCCACCCUGCGCUGCUGCAGCAGGAGGUCAAAGUCACUAUAUCCGAGAACGACAACAUCCGGUUCCCCAUUCCCAUCCUAGUGAACAAGAAGGUGAAGGACCUAAUAGAUGAAUACUUCAAGUUGCUCGACCGCACCGCUGACACAAGCAGGGAUUAUGUUUUAAAAUUUUGCGACUCUGAGGAGUUCCUCACAAAUGAAGAAUUUAUUGGCAUGCAUGAGAGAGUGCAGCUGUUUUUCAAGACAAAAGAGGUGAUCAAUCUUCGACUGGUUCGUGUAAACAAUCUGAAUCGCCAUCUUGCCAGAGAUGCUGCAGAUGGUAAAACUGAAUGCAGUUUGCACCAGUUCCUGCGGCCUGCCAGCGUCCACUGCACCGCAAAGUUGAGCAUGGAAAAUGUGCUCAGUGCUUUCAACAAACAUGUGAACGAACUCUUGAGCACUAAGUGUAGUAGAAAUAUCCCUCUGGUUGUGACGAAUGUUCGCGUAAUCAGUAAUCUCCUAUCUGGGCUGACAUGUCAGGAGCUAGAGGAUGCCAUUGGUGCCCUUAAUCGAAUCAAUCAUGUAAAUAUGAACCAAGAAGAAAUGAUGGAGUGUGAAGCUGCCUUGAUCAUGCUCAGUGGGGCUCUGCUCAAAGUGCUGCAGAUAUAUUUUGACAAUUUCCAGUCAGACUUCAGAUCCCACAAACUUAUCGGCACACCCCAAACCGACGAUGUCGAUAAGAAUCAGGAGAUUUUGCAGUUCAGCAUAGUUUCCAUCUACAAACUAAACCCGAGCUGGAUGACUAAUUAUGAAAGUUUCUCCGUUUCCUGUGACUUGACAUACGGAGAAACAAAGAUCUGUGAGACCGGCGUUUCGGAGAAUAUCAGCACGGCCUUCUCACAAGGAAACAACAUCUGCUGCAACCGCCUGAUGGUGUUUCCUGUUCGAGUUAGUGAGUUGCCAUACGAGUCCAUGCUGACAUUGCGCCUUAAAGGCACAAAGCGGGGGAGAAACCCAGAACUUUUAAGCUGGGCUGUUCUGCCCCUGUACAGCGACAGGACUUUUGUAAGAGGAGCUGUCCUGCUCAGCAUGUCCUCUCUCCCUGAGCUGCCGUUCCCUCCGUCUCCUGCGCUGUCCGACAGCCACAGGCAGCCCAAAGACGUCAUACUGCAGCUUGAAUUUGACGACCAGUGUGAGUGGGAAUACCGCAGACCCAUCGCUCUUCCUGGCUUAAUCAGCUUUACUCAUCCUUGUGAUGAAGUGCAAAGGAAAUUAUCAGACAUCUCCAAAAAGCAUUGCCUCUACUUCCUGACAAAAAAUGAGAAGUCUUUCCUGUGGGACAAACGUUCCUGCAGUGACAAAGGAAGCACGUUCCUCCACCUUCUUCUCGGUGGCGUCCCCCGGUGGCAUCCUGAGGACUUGACAGAAAUCUACACGGUGGUAGAGAACUGGCCCAUUCAUCUGCCAGAGGAGGCUCUCUUCCUGCUGACGCCCAGUUUUCCGGAUGAAACGGUCCGAAAAGCUGCGGUAGAUUAUUUUGUUCAGAUUCCAGAUGGAGCGCUGGAGUUGUUUCUGCCACAGCUGGUCCAGGCUCUGAAGAGCGAGUGGAAACUUGACGGGCCUCUGGUGACGCUGCUGUUGGACCGAUCCCUGAAGAACAUACGGAUUGCUCAUCAGCUGUACUGGCUGCUGGAGGACACCCACACUGACCGCUACUUCCAGAGCUGGCUGAGUAAAGUCCAGGCUGCCUUGAUGCACUGCUGUGGCCGAGCACUGAGGAAGGAGCUGGAGCACGAAUCUCAUCUGGUGCAACUUCUCGUUCAGGUGGCCCAAAAAAUUUACUUUGCCGACAAACCUCAACGCAAGAAUGUUUUGAACAGAGAAAAGGGAGUUAUUGAUGAGUUUUUCAAAAGUGGCAUCACCUGCCGUCUGCCUCUAGAUCCUGCAGUCAGUGUGAAAGCUGUCAACUUGGAU